AUGAUUAAAAAUAUUAUUAAAAUUACAAAUAAUUGUAAUAUUAGGAAAAAUUUAUUUAUUGAAAAUAAAAAUAUAUUUUAUAAUUUUAAUAAUUUUAAUAAUAAUAAUAAAAGAUUUAUUCGUUUAAAAACUCAAAAUAUAAUAAAAACAACCGAACAAUUUGAUGAUUUAGAACCAUUAUAUUUAGAUGUUGAAGGUAUUGAUAUAAAUGAUUCAAAAGUUAUAACAAUAACGAAUGGAAAUAAUAAUAAUAAUAAUAAUAAUAAUAAUAAACAAAUUGAUAAAACAAUAACAACAACAACCACCACCACCUCUGAAUUAUAUGGUAAAAAAGUUAAUGAAGAUAUGGAAACAGAAUUUAAACCAAGUUUAUUAAAAUUAUUAAAAGAUUUAAAUAUUAAAUUUUCAAAAAAUGGCAAUGAUGACUUUGAAAUUCCAAAAAUUAUAAUUGAUAGUUUAACACAUUGUCCAAGUUUACAAAAUGAAGCAGAACAAAAUAAAUUAAGAUUUUUUGGAGAAUUAUGUUAUAGACAUUCAAUUUCAGAUUCAGAAUUUUCAUUUAAUGAUCAAUCAAUAUUUGAAGAGUUUAGAGAAUCAAUUAAAAGUUCUUACUUUUUAAGAGAACGUUGUAAAGAUAUUGGUUUAUCAGAAUUUAUUCGUUUUCAAAUUAAUUCAAAUUCAUUUUAUAAAUCAAUUUAUUUUAGUCAUUAUUCAUAUCGUUGUUUAAUUAAAUUCAUUGGUGCACUUUAUUUAGAAACUGAUUUUAAAACUGUUCGUAAUUUCAUUCAUACUCAAAUCUUAAGACAACCCCAACAAUCUUUAGAAUCUUUUAUAUUAAAUAAACCUGAAUCAAUUUUAAUUAAAAAUUUUUCAAAUUUUAAAUUAGAACCACCAAUUAUAAAAACAAUCCCACCAAAAAAUGAUUUUCCACUUUAUUCAACCAUUAUAAAAACAGGUUCGACAGAAGUUUCAAAAGCAUUUGGUGUUUCAAAAGAUGAAUCUUAUAAUUAUGCAAUUGAAUUAUUAAAUAAUAAGAGUGAUUCUUUUUCAAGUUUAAUGUCUUUACUUAUUUCAAAAUCAAAUAAUAAUAAUAAUAAUAAUAAUAAUAAUAAUAAUAAUAAUAAUAAUAAUAAUAAUAAUAAUAAUAAUAAUAAUAAUAAUAUAAAUAAUAAUAAUAAUCUUCGUAAAAGAAAAUAA